UAAGAACGUCUAAGCAUCGAAGCCAAGUUGUUAAAUUCACCGCUUUUUUGCUCCGAUUGCUGGUGAGUACUCAACUUCAAUACGUAACUACGAUUCGACUCAAAAAAAGGAAAAAAGGAAUUGAUUGGCCAGGACAUGUGAUGGUUUUGAAACUGAACAAUAAUCUAUUUACUACAAACAGAACCGUUCUCAAAGAAUUCAAAACUGCCGGGAGUAAAAAAAGCCAGUCCUAUUAUUUCGGGGAAAACUCGAACACUGUGAUUUAAUGAAAUAUACUUUCGAUUGGCCAGAAUUGUCGAGUCUAGGGAAGAGUGAAAUAAGUCGGGGUCAGUGUACUAAAAAUAUUUUAUUUUUUAUAUUUCAGUAAUCUGGGGGUUUAAACCGGCAAACGUUAAAAAAAACUAGAGAAAUUCUCGCGUUAAAUGGGGGCAAAAGUACGGCAAAACUACUUGCCUCAUAGCUCGCAAAAUUAGAGCCACUAUGACAGUAGCAGGUAUUAAUCAAUAACUAUAUUUUUUACAAGAACCCUCUCCUCAUAGCGGUACAGUAACUGACCGCUUCUAAUUUACGUGUUCCCUCAUUUUUCAAGCUUAAUUAUUCUUUUUAGCCGUUUAUAAUAUGUUUAUAAUAUUUUUGUUAAGAGAAUCUAUCGAUAAACUCAUGUUUCCCUGUCUAAGGAAACUGCUUCCGUAAGUGGUUGCAUUAGUGCCAUCUGUAUGACGUUUGUGAAGGUGUUCUGUUGAGUUUGUUUGAUCCUGGCCUUUCAAAACAUUGCGAGUUAACUAAAUAUUUUAAUUAGAAAAACUGGAGGGCUUAAGCCAUUCUUGUCUUUAGCAACCUUGCUUCUCUUAUCAGGUUACACAACUGAACUAAACAUCUUCAAUCCCGGCUUCCCCAGAAGAUAACCUUUCUGUACCGCCAUUAAUUGAUGAUCUUGCGAUUCCAAGUCAAAUUUAACGUUAUCGUGAGUAGUCUGAGAUUUAUUUCAAAGUAAGUUUCUCGAUUUCCUCAAAAUUAAAUUGACGGUUAACUUUAAAUGAAAUUUGAAAAGAUGCGAUAUUUUAGACUAUUCGCAGUUGUAAUAUAAAGAAGAAGAGAAAAAAGCUACUUGAGUUUUUUUGCCGAUUAUUGGUUUCAGUAUUAGUUUCCAUUAUUUCAUUGUGCAUUGGUAUACUUAAUCUUAAUUUCGAGACACUUAAAUCAGAUGUCAACCUACGAACAAGUAACGACCUUCCCUCAUCUUUAUUCAAUCGACCGCCUGAAAUAUCAAGAAUACACUUUGCAACUUUGCAGUACAUCCUCCUUAAUGCGGAUACUGGAAAGAGAAAUAGUCAGGUGUCCGUAGUUUGGGAGGAAAACAGUCUGAUAGAGAAACUUGUUUCCAUUAUGUAAGGAGCCAUAUAAGAAAAGACCCUACUAUCGCUGAUUUGUUUUACGUAGAGCCGCAGUGAUAAACACGCGAACUGGAUCAUGCGUGUGGAUAUAUGAUAGCCUGAGCGAGUGGGCGAAAAGUGAGAAUUGGAAAAAAAAACAUCUCUUGCUCCCUCCUUCCCCCCCAAUUAUGUCACCUAAUUUGGAUUGUACUAAGAAUACAAUUACCUUCAAUGGUGCCCAACUUUGCUUAUAAAAUCUGUAAUUUUAUUUAAAACUAGUGAUAUCCUUUUACUGUAAAAAAAAUGCGUUGACUUUCCCCUGGCCUCUUUCCCGGUACCCAGCACAGCGCUGAGGUGGGAGGCACGGGUUCAGGGCACGUGUACUUUCAUUCACGCUUCAUAGUCUGUUUGGCGCGUCGAAAAAGGAGCCUUUUAUGAUUCAAAUUCUUUUCUAUGUAUCAUGACUCAAAGUGUCUGCAUUAAGCAAUUUUGCUAAUUAUAAAAUUCCUCCUUGCAGCAGUGUCUUUCUAGAGGCGACCGCUGUCUAUCAUCAGCAUGGAUCCUGGGCUCUUGUACCUGUCACAACUGAUCAAGUAUUACCUGUAUAAAGGUUACGUAUGGUGGCACAUGCCGAUGGUGUUGACAAUGGCUUACACGCUGUUUGUAAGGGAACGCCUGCUGGAUAAUGCCAUAUUUGAUUCUUACCCAAACCCUCUACCUCAGGUCAAACGGAGAUGUAAUGAUCCAGUGUUGGGUAGGUAUAUUCUUGAGCCAAGUUCAGGGUGAAGGGCAGUUUAAGUGUUAAUCUAAGUCUUUAAAGUGAGUGUAUGAAAUAUCCUAUAUUUAAACUAAGGGAGAGAGAGAUUUUUUAAAAGAAUGGCUUUUUACCCCAUUCAGGCCUGAAAUUUUUCGCUCCGACAUGCUGGUUGCGUAACCUAAAAGGUGCGAUGAUCUUUCGCGUGCUAAAUCUUUCUCUUGCAGCUCAGAUAUCUGAAAUUUUUUUUAACUCACAUUGAUAUAUUCAUCUCAGUCUUUUACGUGCGCUCUGGGGGUAUCUGACAGCUCCAAGUUGGCCUGGGCUGAGUUGCUCAAAGCAUGGUUAGCUUUAACCAUUGGUUAAGCAGUAUCAAAACCAAUACGUUGUCAAGGUAUUAAACGCUGGUUAACGCUAACCAGGCUUCGAGCAACCGGCCGGUUGCUCGAAGCCUGGUUAGCGCUAACCGUUGGUUAAGAGGUAUCAAAAUGUAUAGGUUUCCAUGGUAUUUAACGGUGGUUAGCACUAACCAUGCUUCGAGCAACCCGGGCCAGCUGAUCGCUAAUUGAUAAGAGCUCUGCACCGGUAUAUCUCAGUUUGUCACGGGUUCGAAUCCUAUUCAAUCCUCAAUUUUUUAAGGCUUUCAUUUUCCAACUACUUAAUGUUCCCUACAUAACUAGGAUGAUCUCUCACGUGCUAAAUCUAGGUCGUAGUUACGAGGACUUCUCAUUACAGACCUAAAAGAAUAUGAUUCGAGGACGAGGACGACUGCGAGAUUUGAUUUGAAGUUUUUUCGCGUCUUCUCAAAAUAUAGACUUCCCAGAAAGCUUCAUUUUACCAUUAUUCACUAGAAAAGUGGGCAUUGUUAUCUUUAGUGAAGGAGGCCGUUUCGCGCUCUCCCGAUAGCAAAAUGAUAAAACUUCUAACAUUUGAUAUCUUGUUUUCGCCACCACGACAUCCGCGUAAAAACUCGUAAUAGAAUGACGACGGCUACCACUCACGAGCGUGCACUACUUUUUGGUUCAGCCUCAGACUAGUCCCUAGGCGUUCUCGGCUCGGUCAAUCCUGGACUCUACCUUGAGCUGUGACGUCACCGAGAGAUACUCGCGCGGACAACGGGGCAAGAGAGAACGCCUAGGGACUAGGCUGGUAUUGGUUGACUAUUGAGAAAAUCUCGAACUCGUAGUCGUAAUCGUCUUAAAAUCCUUAAAGCUUUCUAGUUACAGUUAACCCCAGCCCAUACGGUUAGAGCUACAAACCAGGCGUCCUAAUGACUAUAUCAUUCAGUUUUUGAAAAAAGCAUUUAUUUAUCUUAUCAACCAUUUUUUAUCUAUUUGUCUCACAAGGCGAUGGCUAUAUGGGAUGCUUUAAGAAGUCCAUUUUGGAUCAUAAUAUCAACGACUUUGUCCAACAGUCUUUAUCGUCAGUGACUCCCGAGAAAUGCGUUGCUCAUUGUAAAAGUAAAAUGCUUCCAUAUGCAGCCUUAUCAAAAGGGGACAGGUAAAAUUUUAUACAGUCAUUUAAAAAUAGGAGCUGUGUCAAAGAAUUGAUCAAAAUUCGAACUGUGAGAGCUCAAAACAAAAGAAAGUAUAAAGAACACAGCAACAAAAAAGAGAGGGAUGAAUAAACUUCAAGGAGAAGUUUAAAACAGAUUGCAGUUGCACUGAGUUUUUUGAUAACUUGUCAGUCCAACAGUUUUGCAAAGUUCAUAUUUGUUGUUUAUGACGAUAAAUAUAUAAUCUUUUGGGAGAGACGUUUAUCUGGCUUCGGUUGUUCAAAACGUUAGAUGGCCCUAUCCAACGGAUAAGUAUUAGGGAAAUCAAUUGCAUUAUCCAGAGGAUAGAGAUUUAUCCGGUGGAUAGCGCUAUCCAACGGAUAGAUCACUAUCCAGUGGAUAGUGCAGUUGGUUUCCCUAAUACAUAUCCACUGGAUAUAGAUUUAUCGGGUGGAUAGCGUAAUAUCCACCUUUUGAACAACUUGGAACCUGAUACGAAGCUUUAUUGGCAAUACCAACCCAAUGAACUAGACAGCCAUGACGCAGCCCUUUUAAUAACGGCAGCAAAUAGACAGAGCGAAGUAUCUGUUUGACAGAGGUCUGUGUUAAAAAGUUUUGAUUGCCAGGGGCGUAGCAAGCCCAUAGACCUGUAGGCCCGGGCCUACAAAUUUUUGGUUUGAUCACUCUACCGCUUGUAAUAAACUAUGGGUUGUUGGGAUGGAGCUAAACAGCUUAAGAGCCAUGUCAAAGUGUUGGCGAGGUCAUUGCGUACUAGUCAUGCGUGCAAUUUUCAGGAUAUGUGGAAACGAAAGUCAGCCAGGCCUAUAACUACAGUAGUAAAAAACUUGGCUAAGCCCCUGAUUGCCGCGUGCGUUAAGUGUGAAAUCUUUGUGACCAAUGAAACUUUCUUUAAUCUCAGUUGGUACUCCCUAAAUGGCCUUUACGGAGAGGGUACGCUCGAAAGGGUAUACUUUUCCCAGCCUUACGAUAUAAGAAAGGAUAGGCUAAUAUUCGCCUAUUCUUUCUUAUAUCGUAAUGGUCCUGGGGAAGAUAGGAAGAAGGUUCGGCUGUGAUUUGCAAACAUGAUUUCCAUGAGAUCGAAUGAGAAGGGAAUAUAUCAAUUUACACCUUACAAAAGCAAAAAUUUUUCGUUACUUAACUGACAAAUAUUCGUACCAGGGGAUUUAAAAUAUUUACCAGAAAUUUAACACUGUUGCGAAACAUUCUUUCAUUUUUUAAUUUAGAUGCUACUGUGGUGUAAACCUUGAAUCAGCAAAGAAAGUUAAAGAAUGUGAAUGUCGAAAAAAGUGCAAAGGCGUUAAGAAGAAAUUGCGUUGUGGUGGCUCUCACCAUGUUUCACUCUACAAUACAUGUGAGUCCGUCACCUUUAAAAACAUUGAAUUAAAUUAUUAAAUGAAGCUUAGUAUGAUAGUAAGAAUAAUGCGGAUGAAGGAGGCGGUUAUUUACCGGGGAUUAUUAAAGCCAAUCAGAAACGGCGACAUGUUUGAAUUGAUGGUAAGUUGUAAUACCACAAGCGUCCAUAUAGCUGCAGCAAAAAACGUAAUUUAUUAAGUGCAAUCGUGUUCUUUACCCUUCAUGGCGAUUACGUGAAGUCAAUUUUAUUUCUUCACUAAACUGUUUAUUGACUUUCCCGUAGCUGUUCCUGUCGUGGAUGCCUAGACUUCCUAAAAUCAGCGCCUUUCCAUGUAUAAGCACCCACUGCUUCGUCCUACUUGAUUGCUUCGAAUAAGCGCACCACCAUCCUCAUCACUUUCAAUUCUUUGAUCGAUUUUUUAACUUUAAGUACACUGACAUUGAAGAAAGAGAGGUUUAUUCUCUGUUGAGCAAGUCCUAGUGAUUUCUAUCUCCAUAAUUUUUUUACUGUCCUCUCAUUUUCAUUGUCCCUUUAUCUUUGUUUUAAUUUAAUUAUCGUACUUUGUUGCACCACGUAUUAAACUUUUCAGACUUUUUUUUACGUUAACGGCGUUUCGUUUCGUUUCAUUUUAUUUUGUUAUUUUAUUUCUUGAAGAUGUCUGCACGAAGGAAAUGAAAAAAGCUCGAACAAUCGACGGGACGUGCAAUGAUCUUAAUAACACCACUGCCGGAAGCCGGUUCUACCGUUUUGGCAGGAACGUUCCUCUUAAACACGUUUACACCAAACCUGGAGAUCUUCUCAAGCCAAAUCCACGAACUCUAGCCAAAAAGUAAGUUUGAUCUGUUUGAUUGCUUGCCAUUAUCCUCUUUGCUGCUGUUGUUGUUAAUUUAGCCGACAUGGCCCAAACUUCGGCUAAACCCUCGUGUGGCAAAAGAAGACUUUGCAUAGGGCGCGAAAAGUGGAGCUAUUAAAUUCCAGACGAAAAUUUGUGCUUUGUGACUUUGAUUUUCCUCUGAGUCUACGUAUAUUUAGCCCUUCUAAAAUCUAGUCAGCUAAAUUUGAAGGAGCGUCUUCUGCAACCGUAAUUUUGAGGACUACUUAGAUUCUAGCUUAGUGCUUACACCAUGUAAAGGCAGUACGACGUAACAGAAGAAAUUUGUUCAUUUCAAUUUGCAGUUUGUUGCAGCGUAAGACGUUUAUUGAAGUUCCUUGGCUGAAUCUGUUCGCCGUGGCAUGGGUUCAAUUUAUGGUUCAUGACUGGUUUGNGUUCUACCGUUUUGGCAGGAACGUUCCUCUUAAACACGUUUACACCAAACCUGGAGAUCUUCUCAAGCCAAAUCCACGAACUCUAGCCAAAAAGUAAGUUUGAUCUGUUUGAUUGCUUGCCAUUAUCCUCUUUGCUGCUGUUGUUGUUAAUUUAGCCGACAUGGCCCAAACUUCGGCUAAACCCUCGUGUGGCAAAAGAAGACUUUGCAUAGGGCGCGAAAAGUGGAGCUAUUAAAUUCCAGACGAAAAUUUGUGCUUUGUGACUUUGAUUUUCCUCUGAGUCUACGUAUAUUUAGCCCUUCUAAAAUCUAGUCAGCUAAAUUUGAAGGAGCGUCUUCUGCAACCGUAAUUUUGAGGACUACUUAGAUUCUAGCUUAGUGCUUACACCAUGUAAAGGCAGUACGACGUAACAGAAGAAAUUUGUUCAUUUCAAUUUGCAGUUUGUUGCAGCGUAAGACGUUUAUUGAAGUUCCUUGGCUGAAUCUGUUCGCCGUGGCAUGGGUUCAAUUUAUGGUUCAUGACUGGUUUGAUCACGGUGCAGCCGCCAAGGGAAAAAUCGAAGUCCCUCUUGCAAAAGACGACCCCUUAGGCAAGAAAAUGAAAGGUAAUUUUCAUAAGUGCAGUGAGAAAAAUUGCGUGAAUUGUAGCAUGCACCGUUUCGUUGGGAAUUCGCAAUUUGCAUAUCUACUAUAAUAAUAUUUCUUUGUCCAGGCCCCAAAACCUUUUGUGCGAAUGACGAAUAGACAUUGAAGUUUAAUGCCAUAGACAGAAACUCGUCAUACAUGCAAAGUAAGGAUGAAUUUGAAAACGUAUUUUUACCAUGGCAGUCAUUAAAAAAAAACGAUGAACCUUUGACCCUCCUUAUACCGGCAAGGGCUACGAAGCUUUUUUGCGGCCACAUUCAAAGCUGAAACCCUAAAAAAUCCAGGACAUUAAUUAUCAAUUGUCUAUUUGAAAUCUACACAAAAAAGGCACAAGUUACCUUCGUUAGCCGCCAUGACAUUUAAAAAUAUAUUGAUCCUAGGCAAUGGCUUAAAAUGUACAAAAGAGCUCCGCUUUUAGGCUUGGCCAAAGCUAUAUAUUAUUACAAGAGAGGAUAAAGGGGACAGAGAAGGCAUCCCCCAUACACACCCUAUAACAUAGGUAAUUCUUCUCGAGUUACUUUUAGAAUCGGGAUAAAGUUACCUCGCGCGCUGCGUGGAUGUUUCGUGGAGGUUUCGCAUGACUAAACGCCAUG